AUGUCGUCGUCAACAUCUUUUGAAGAGUUGCACAAGAAGUUGCCUUCUAACUUUUUCGGCCUCAAAACCGUAGCUAACUCCAGCUCAACUUCAUCUUCAGACUCUCUCCAUGCCCUCGCCCAGUUUGUCGAAAAGUCUCACGGUCACUCGGUGAUCCGCAAGGUUCUUAUCGCCAAUAACGGUAUUGCAGCCGUUAAAAACAUUCGUUCUGUUAGACAAUGGGCUUACGCUACUUUUAACAACGAAAGAAUAAUACAGUUUGUGGUAAUGGCCACCCCAGAAGAUCUCACUGCUAACGCUGAAUAUAUCCGUAUGGCUGACCAGGUUAUCCCAGUCCCAGGCGGUACCAACAACAACAAUUAUGCCAACGUCGAUUUGAUUGUUGAUAUUGCUGAAAGAGCUGAUGUCGACGCUGUGUGGGCCGGUUGGGGUCAUGCCUCUGAAAACCCAUUGUUGCCUGAAAAAUUGGCCGCUUCCAAGAAGAAAGUCAUCUUUAUCGGGCCUCCUGGUAACGCCAUGCGUUCUCUUGGUGAUAAAAUCAGUUCUACUAUUGUUGCCCAACAUGCCGAUGUUCCUUGUAUCCCUUGGUCUGGUACUGGGGUCGAUGAUGUCGUGGUCAACGAUGAAACAAAAUUGGUUUCUGUCGACGAUAAAACUUACAACAAGUGUUGCUCCACCUCCCCUGAAGAUGGGUUAGAAAAAGCAAAGAAAAUCGGUUUCCCGGUAAUGAUCAAGGCCUCCGAAGGUGGUGGUGGUAAAGGUAUCAGAAAAGUCGAAAGAGCCGAAGAUUUCGUCGAAUUGUACGAACAAGCCGCUCACGAAAUUCCUGGUUCUCCAAUCUUCAUUAUGAAGUUGGCUGGUAACGCUCGUCAUAUUGAAGUCCAAAUCUUGUCCGAUCAAUAUAAUAACACCAUUUCUUUGUUUGGUAGAGAUUGUUCCGUCCAAAGAAGACAUCAAAAGAUUAUCGAAGAAGCUCCGGUCACCAUUGUUCCUCCAGAAACCUUCAAACAAAUGGAAAAAGCUGCUGUCAGAUUAGGUAACCUUGUGGGUUAUGUCUCUGCCGGUACCAUUGAAUAUCUUUAUUCUCAUGCCGAUAACAAAUUCUAUUUCUUGGAAUUGAACCCAAGAUUGCAAGUCGAACAUCCAACUUCCGAAAUGGUCAGUGGUGUCAAUUUGCCUGCUGCUCAAUUGCAAAUUGCUAUGGGUAUUCCUUUGCAUUUCAUUAGAGACAUCCGUUGUUUGUACGGAUUGGACCCUCACUCAGAAUCCUUGAUUGAUUUCGACUUUUCCAAUCCUGAAUCCCACAAGACCCAAAGAACUCCAAAGCCAAAGGGUCACACCACCGCCUGUCGUAUCACUUCUGAAGAUCCUGAAAACGGGUUCAAGCCAAAGGGCGGUCGUAUCCUCAAAUUGGAUCUUGGGACAAGUAAAAACGUUUGGGGUUACUUCAGUUUAUCAGAAAAUGGUACCAUCCAUUCUUUCAGUGAUUCUCAAUUCGGUCACAUCUUUGCUUAUGGUGAAAAUCGUGAAGAAAGUAGAAAGCACAUGGUUGUUGCUCUUAAGGAAUUGAGUAUUCGUGGUGAAUUCAAAACUACUGUCGAAUAUUUGAUCAAGUUGUUGGAAACUUCUGAAUUCACCAACAACACCAUCUCUACUGGUUGGUUAGAUGACUUGAUUUCUAAAAAAAUGACCAGUGAAAGACCUGAAAAGAACGUGGCUAUUCUUUGUGGUGCCGUCACUAAAGCUUACAUUGAAUAUUCAACAGCUGUCGCCGAAUUUAACAGCUUGCUUGAUAAAGGUCAAGUUCCUGACAAGACUCUUUUGAAAACCAUUUACCCUGUUGAUUUCAUUUACGAAAACGAAAAAUUCAAAUUCACUUGUGUUCAAACCUCCGAAGAAUCUUUCAAGGUUUUCAUCAAUGGUUCCACUGUUGAUGUCGAAGCUAGACCUCUCAGCGAUGGUGGUUUGUUGACCUCUAUUGGCGGUAAGGCUUACACCGUUUAUUACAUUGAAGAACCUCAAUCUACCAGAUUAUUGAUUGACGGUAAGACUUGUCAAUUGGAAAUUGAAAAUGAUCCAACUCAAUUGAGAACCCCAUCUCCAGGUAAAUUGAUCAAAUACCUCGUGGAAAACGGUGAUCAUGUCACUGCUGGUCAAAACUAUGCUCAAAUUGAAGUUAUGAAGAUGGUUGUCUCUCUUAGUGCUUCUGAAGAUGGUAUUAUCCAAUUAUUAGAACAACCAGGUUCAACUGUCGAUGGUGGUGAUAUUCUUGCCAUUCUUGCUCUUGAUGAUCCAUCCAAGGUGAAACAUGCCAAGAUCUUUGAAGGUACCGUUGAUGACUUUGGCCCAGCUGUGGUUGCUGGCACCAAGCCUGUUUACAAGUUCAAGAACAGUCAAUUGGUUCUUGAAAACAUUUUGCUUGGUUAUGAUAACAACUCUGUCAUGAAACAAACCGUUGCCGCCUUCAUCGAUGUUUUGCGUAACCCAGAUUUGCCAUACUCUGAAUGGAAAGCUUUGUUCUCUUCUUUGGAAUCUAGAUUGGGCGACGAGCUUGGCGAUAAACUUUCAAGCAUUAUUGAAAAAAGCCGUGCUGGUAAGAAAUUCCCUGCUAGAACUUUGAAAUCCACCAUCUUGAAGUACACCAAGUCUAAUGAAGAGCUCAAGACUUCUUGUGAACCACUUGUUCAAAUCAUUGACAAAUACUACAAUGGUGCUUUGGAUAAUGAAUUGAAUGCUGUUACUACUUUGCUUGAAAACUAUUACACCAUUGAGAAGUUGUUUGACAAACAAAGUAUUGCUAACGCUUUGCUUUCUUUGCGUUCCAACAGUGACAACAAGACUGUGUUGAAAUUAGCCAGAUCCCACUUUGGAAAAUUGGGUAAGAACUCUUUGGUUUCCGAAAUUCUUGCUGAAUAUGCCGCUUCUUGUCGUGAAAACUCUACUGUUAUUGCUCAAUUGAAACCGGUUUUGAAGAAGCUUAGUGAAUUGGAAAGCAAAUCCUCAUCUAAGGUUGCUAUCAAGGCUCGUGAAAUCUUGAUCCAAUGUUCUUUGCCAAGUGUUAAGGAAAGAACCGACCAACUCGAAUACAUUUUGAAGACAUCUGUUGCUGAAACCCGUUACGGUGAAAUUGGUGUCAAACACAAGAAGCCACAAUUGGAUGUCUUGCGUGAUAUCAUUGAUUCUAAGUAUGUUGUCUUUGAUGUGCUUACUCAAUUCUUGUGCCACAAUGAUCCACAUGUUGCUUUGGCUGCUGGUGAAGUUUACAUCAGAAGAUCUUACCGUAACUAUCAUAUCCGUGAUAUCAGCUAUGAUGUUGUCAAUGACAACACCCCAAUCUUGAAGUGGGAUUUCCAAAUGUUGGAUAUUGCUAACAGCUCCAAGACUACAGGUAGUGGCGCUCCUGCUAUGGUUCGUGCUGCUAGUGUCAGUGAUUUGUCUUAUGUUGUGGAAAGCAAUGCUCAACAACCAGUCAGAACUGGUGUUCUCAUCCCAACUCCAACUAUUGAAGAAAUGGAAGAAAAUUUGAUUAAGGGUCUUGAAUUGUUGCCAAAGGUUAAUGGCUCUUCUCCAAACAGUAGCACUACCAAGAUUGACGGUCCAAUUCCAAACCGUGGAGUUGCUAACUCAUCUGCUUCCUCAACCACUUUGACCAAUGUCGCUAACAUUUUUGUCAACGAUACUCUUGGAUUGAGUGACGAGGAUGUUCUUGACAGAAUUAGUGAACUUUUGAAAGACUUCAAUGAAGACUUGACUACUGCUGCCAUCCGUCGUAUCACUUUUGUUGUUUCUGAUAAGGUUGGUGCUUAUCCAAAGUAUUUCACUUUCAAAGGUCCAGACUACAAGGAGGAUAAAAUCAUCCGUAACAUUGAACCAUCUUUGGCUUUCCAAUUGGAGUUGAAGAGAUUGUCUAACUUUGAUAUCAAACCAGUGUUCACUGCUAACAGAAACAUCCACAUUUAUGAAGCUGUUGGUAAGAAUUCUGGUGCUGACAAACGUUACUUCACCCGUGGUAUUAUCAGAACUGGUAAGAUUAGAGAAGACAUCUCCACUGCUGAAUAUUUGACUUCCGAAGCCAACCGUUUGAUGACUGAUAUUCUUGACAGUUUGAGUGUUUUGGAUUUGAGUGAUUCUGAUCUUAACCACAUCUUCAUCAACUUCAGUGCCGUGUUCAACGUUACUCCAGACGAUGUUGAAAAUGCUUUUGGUGAUUUCUUGGAACGUUUCGGCCGUCGUUUGUGGCGUCUCCGUGUCACUGCCGCUGAAAUUCGUAUCACUUGUACCGAUGAACGUGGUAACCCAUACCCAAUCCGUGCUCUUAUCACCAAUGUCAGUGGUUACGUUGUUAAGAGUGAAAUUUACCAAGAAGUUAAGAACGCUAGUGGUGAUUUGGUCUUCAAAUCUAUUGGUAACCAACCAGGUUCCAUGCACCUUAGAAAAAUUGAUGAACCUUACAGUGGUAAAGAAUUUUUGCAACCAAAGCGUUACCACGCUCAUGUUCUCGGUACUUCUUAUGUCUAUGAUUUCCCAGAAUUGUUCCGUCAAGCUGUUUUGUUGCAAUGGAAGAAAUUGGCUCCAGGCUCCAAGAUUCCAGAAAACUUUUUCUCUUACAAUGAAUUGAUUUUCGAUGGUUCUAAUGUUAUUGAAAUUAACAGAGAAGCUGGUGCUAACCAGAUUGGUAUGGUGGCCUUCAAGGUCAGUGCCAAGACUCCUGAAUUCCCUAAGGGUCGUCAAUUUAUCAUUGUUGCUAAUGAUAUCACUUUCAAGAUUGGUUCUUUUGGUCCACAAGAAGAUUUGUUUUUCUACAAGGUCACUGAAUUGGCUAGAAAAUUGGGCUUGCCACGUAUCUACCUUUCUGCUAACUCUGGUGCCAGAAUUGGCUUGGCUGAUGAUUUGGUUGCCUUAUUCAAGGUUGCUUGGAAACAAGAAAACAAGCCAGAAAAGGGUUUCGAAUACAUUUAUGUUGACAAUGCUGGUAAAGAAACCAUUGACAAGAGUUCUGUUACUCAAAUGAUUACUGAAAGAGCUACUGUUAACGGUGAAGUUAGACACAUUAUCAAGUCUAUUACUAGUGAUAAUGCUGGUGUGGAAGCUCUUAGAGGUUCUGGUUUGAUUGCCGGUGUUACUAGUAGAGCUUACAAGGACAUUUUCACCAUCACUUUGGUUACCGCUAGAUCUGUUGGUAUUGGUGCUUACUUGGUCAGAUUGGGUCAAAGAGCUAUUCAAGUUGAAGGUCAACCAAUUAUUUUGACUGGUGCUCCAGCUAUUAAUAAGUUGUUGGGUAAGGAAGUUUAUUCUUCUAACUUGCAAUUGGGUGGUACUUCUGUUAUGUACCGUAACGGUGUUUCUCACCAAGUUGCUAGUGAUGACUUGAAUGGUGUUACCAAGAUUAUGGAUUGGUUAUCUUAUGUUCCAGCAAAGAGAGAUAGUCCAUUGCCAAUUUUGCCAUCUACUGACUCUUGGGACAGAGAAGUUAGCUACUACCCACCACAACAGGAACUCUACGACUGCAGAUGGUUGAUUGAAGGUCGUGAACUUGCCGAUGGUACCUUUGAAAGUGGUAUCUUUGAUAAGGGUUCUUUUGUUGAAACCUUGGGAGGUUGGGCUCAAACUGUUGUCACUGGUAGAGCUCGUUUGGGUGGUAUUCCAUUUGGUGUUGUUUCCGUUGAAGUGAAGUCUGUGCAAAAUGUCAUUCCUGCUGAUCCAGCCAAUAGCGAUUCUGUUGAAAACCUUGUCAAUGAAGCUGGUCAAGUUUGGUACCCUAACUCUGCUUUCAAGACUGCUCAAGCCAUCAAGGAUUUCAACAAUGGUGAACAAUUGCCAUUGAUGAUCUUGGCCAAUUGGAGAGGUUUCAGUGGUGGUCAAAGAGAUAUGUUCAAUGAAGUUUUGAAAUACGGUGCUAUGAUUGUUGAUGCUUUGACCGAAUACAAACAACCAAUGUUCAUUUACAUUCCACCAACUGGUGAAUUGAGAGGUGGUUCUUGGGUUGUUUUGGAUCCAACUAUCAAUGAAGACUUUAUGGAAAUGUAUUCUGAUGUCGAUGCUCGUCAUAACAUUUUGGAACCUGAAGGAUUGGUUUCUAUCAAGUUCAGAAAGGAGAAAUUGUUGAAGACUAUGGCUCGUUUGGAUAAACCAUAUGCUGACUUGAAGAAGAAAUUGUCUGAAAACGAUUUGAGUGCUGAAGAAACUGCCAAGUUGACUGAAGAAUUGAAUGCCAGACAAUCUAAGUUGUUGAACAUCUAUCACCAACUUGCUGUUCAAUUUGCUGACUUGCACGAUCGUGCUGAAAUUAUUGAACAAAAGAACAUUAUCAAGAAGGCUUUGACUUUGGAAAACUCUAGAAGAUACUUCUACUGGAGAAUCAGAAGAUUAUUAAGUGAAAACUUGUACUUGAAUGCCAUCAACAAGAAUGUCAAGACUUCUUCCAAGUUGGAACGUGUUAGUAGAUUGAGAGCUAACUACCCACCAUCUUUGGAUUAUGAUAAUGACAGAGCUGUUGCUGAAUGGAUUGAAGCUAAUGGUGAUAAAUUGAACAGCUACAUCAACAACUUGAAGAACGAAGCUAUCAGACAAAAAUUGGCCGACACCUUGCGUUCUAACAGAGAAGAAACUGUCGAUGCGCUCGGUGAAAUGUUUGGUUUGUUGAGUGCCGAAGAAAAGGCAAAACUUGCUAAAUACUUUAAAUGA